CCUAUCUCGAGCAAAGCAGCAUGGGAUCCACUCGAAUGGCCAUCGGCUCGGCAUCCGGAUGGAGCGGACGUGCACCGGACCAUCGUCCCGAUUAAUAUUCCCGGGGCCAAGGAAUCGAAUCAAGGCGAGGACGAGGAAGAAAACGAGCAUCGAGGUUUUAAUUUUUUCCAGCGCCCGCCAGUAAAAGCCAGCCACAAAAAAGAAUCCGCACAUGAAUCCGGACAAGUCUCCCCCACCGAAAAAGACAACUUUGCAGUCAGACACCACCAGCAAAUCGGUCGUUCUCUUCUCCUCCGUCGGUUCUCAAUAAUGUCCUUGACUCCUCGUUCUUAUCCCACGGAACAGAGCCGACCGACGACGCUCGCUGCGACCGGGGAAUCUCGAUGGCGUCGUCAGCAGCAGCUCCUCCUCCGCUCAAGCAGCUCUUGCUCUUCUUCCUCCUCUUGCUCUCCUUCGUCGCUCGCAUUCCCGUUUCGAGUCCCGCCGCCGCCGCCGCCGCCGCGGAGCCCGUCCUCCCGGAAGAGUCGCUGCCCGCGAGAUCCGGCUACCUCCCGGUGAGCCCCACCUCCGAUUCGGCCAUCUUCUACGCUUUCUACGAAGCCCAGCGACCCACCACGCCGCCCUCGCAGACCCCGCUCCUGAUCUGGCUCCAGGGCGGCCCCGGCUGCUCCUCCAUGACCGGGAACUUCUACGAGCUCGGACCCUGGCGCGUCAGCUCGGUCGCGCAUAACGCCGAGCGCCUGGUGGUCGAGCCCAACCCCGGCGCUUGGAACCGCUUGUUCGGCCUCCUCUUCCUCGACAACCCCAUCGGCGUCGGGUUCAGCGUCGCCGCCUCCCCCGAGGAGAUCCCGCGGGACCAGUUCACCGUCGCGAAGCACCUCUUCGCGGCGAUAACCGCGUUCGUCGAGCUCGACGGCGCUUUCAAAUCCCGCCCCAUUUACGUCACCGGCGAGAGCUACGCGGGGAAGUACGUCCCCGCGAUUGGGUACUACUCGCUGAAGUGGAAUGCGGAGCUGCCGCCGUCGCAGCGCCUGAAUCUGGCGGGGGUCGCCAUAGGCAACGGCCUGACGGACCCGGUGACCCAGGUGGCGACGCACGCCGUGAACGCCUACUUCUCCGGCCUGAUCAACGAGAGGCAAAAAUCCGAGCUCGAGAAAGCCCAGGGGGAAGCCGUCAAGCUCACCGAGAUGGGGAAUUGGAGCCAAGCGACGGCCGCCCGAACCGGGGUGCUGAGGCUCCUGCAGAACAUGACGGGACUGGCCACGCUGUACGACUUCACUCGGAAAGUGCCGUACAACACCCAGUGGGUGACCCGCCUCCUGCAGCAGCCGGAGGCGAAGCGGGCGCUGAAGGCCAACGAGUCGAUCGUCUUCGACGAGUGCAGCGCCGCGGUCGGGGCGGUGCUGCACGACGACGUGAUGAAGAGCGUGAAGUACAUGGUGGAGCACCUGGUGGAGAACAGCCGGGUGCUGCUGUACCAGGGCCACUCCGACCUGAGGGACGGCGUGGUCUCGGUCGAGGCGUGGGUGAAGACGAUGCGGUGGGGAGGGAUCGACGAGUUCCUGUCCGCGGAGCGGAAGGUGUGGCGGGUGAACGGGGCGCUGGCCGGGUACGUGCAGAGGUCCGGGAGCCUGAGCCAGGCCGUGGUCCUCGGGGCCGGCCACCUCGUGCCCACCGACCAGCCGUUGAGCGCUCAGGUCAUGAUCGAGGACUGGGUUCUGGAGAAGGGCUUAUUCGCCGAUUCGAAGGAAGAUGAGCGUCCGGCGAGAAGGCAUCGCUUGGCAAUUUGAUUGGAUUCGUCGUCAUCCUUGCUUGUUGUUGUUGCUGUUGUGCCCCUUGUAUGAAUCGUUUUUUUUUCUCGGAAAAGGCCUGAAAGAUGAUGGGCAGGAUGUUGGAGUCCAAGAAGAUGGGAUUGCUGAUUAUUAGAAUAAAUUCCACUGGUUUACUCAUGCUGAAUUCGGAUAUAUAAAAUUGAAUUUUGGCAAACUUUUUUCCCCAUUUUUUGGGGUGAGAGUUUGUUUAGUAA